AUGCCGCCGCUCUCGCAGCUCGCCGUGCCGAGCGUGUACGUCCUGAUUUUCUUCCUCGGCUACCCGUCGCAAUGGCUGCUGCAGCACCUGGAGCCUGGACCGCUGACGAAGAAGGAGCUGAUUGCGUCGAAUGUGAUACUGGUCUUGAUCUGGAUCACGUACACGAGGAGCGUGUUUGUGGAUCCGGGCACGAUCCCGAGGGAGUGGGCUGGCGAGGCGGUGAGCGGUGCGGAUGGGAAGGAGGAGAUGGCGAAGAGUAGGAAGUGGUGUCGAAAAUGCGAUGCUGCGAAGCCGCCCCGGGCGCAUCACUGCAAGGAGUGCAAGAGAUGCAUACCCAAAAUGGACCACCACUGCCCCUGGACUGCAAACUGCGUGUCCCACACCACCUUCCCGCACUUCCUGCGCUUCCUCUUCUACACCAGCAUCGGGCUCUCCCUGCUCGAAUCCUUCCUGUUCACGCGCAUCGCGCACCUCUGGAGCAGCCGCGAGCUCCCCUCGUACCUGGGCCCGUCCGUGUUCCAACUAGGGCACCUCUUCACAACCCUAGUCGUCAACAGCAUAACACUCUUCAUGCUAUCCAUCCUGCUGCUGCGCAACAUCUGGUGCCUAGCCGUCAACACGACGACGAUCGAAGGCUGGGAAAUCGAGCGCCACAGGACGCUGCUGCGGCGGGCGCGCGCUUUCGGCGGCUACCUCCGCACGCCCGACGGCAGCACGCUGCGCAUCAAGCGGCAGGAGUUCCCCUUUGACAUUGGCAUCCUGUCCAACGUCGCGCAGGGCAUGGGCUCUGCCAACCCUCUGUCCUGGCUCAACCCCCUCGCGCCCACACCGCCCCUCGCGUCGGGCCUGCAGUUCGCGACCAACGGCUUCGAAGACGCCGCCACGACCUGGCCGCCCCCGGACCCGGAUCGCGCGUACCGCCGCCGCGUCAACGAGGACGGGCCUGCCUUUACGUUCCGCGACGCGCAGCUGGGGACCGAGGACACGCUGGCUGCGUUCCGGGCUAGGCAGGCGCAGGAUGAGGUGAGGCGGCGGAGGCCGUUUGUCGAGCGGUUGGAGAGGGCGAGGGAGGAGGGUGGGCACGGCUUGGAUGAGUACGACGACGAUGAGGAUGAUGAUGAGGAUGAUGGAGACGUUGCGAGUGAAGAGGCAGAAGACGAGGGCAGGAAGUACGGAGACGAGGGGGAGGGCGAGGAAGGAUGGCGGAAUGCCGAGGGGGAGAGAUUGCAGGACUUUGGUGUUGACGAGGAUGUCGAGUUCUACGACGAGCAGGAAGACGAAAUUCCGCUGAGCGAACUGAUAGCGAAGCGGCAGGCGGCGGCGGCGGCGGCGGCGGCGGCGGCGGCGACAGGAGCGGCGUCGUCGUCUGCAUCAGGUGGUUGGUCCAUGUCGGGCUCAACGUACUGA